AUGGUUGACUUUUUCAAAAUCAUCGAGGCGCCGAUUACCAAGCCACCUCGUUCAGCGAGGACAAAACAAGUCUCGCGGACGAUCCGCGACCAAAUCGAACUAGACCUCGCGGCACUGUCCCUACGCCGAGAUGCCAUCAGCCGAACGGAGCUCCCGGGCAGGUUUCGCGACCGCGACGCGGCGGCCCGCGAGUUCGGCCUCGCGCGCGACGCCUUCAUCCACAGCCUGUACCGAACCAAGAUGCUGACGACGCGCAGGGUCAAGGUCGCGAGGAGCGGAAGCACGGGCGGGACGGAGAAGCAGCAGCAGAAGCAGCAAAAGACGCUGGCGCUGCCGGAUCUCAAGCGCGAGCUCGCGUUGCUCGAGGCGGCGCAGGACGAGCACCGGCAGCUCGAGGCCAGGCUGAGCAGGGCCAGGGCCAAGUACGCGGCCGCCGAGGAGGAGCUGGCCAGGACGCUGGCGGAGAAGGAGACGCUCGGGCGCGAGAUCACCCUCUGCGCCUGCAUGCUGAGGGAGGUGGAGCGCUACGGGCUCAGCAGGGUCGUCGACGGCGGGCUCGGGCUCGACGUCGGCGGCGGGGGGCGGGUCAGGGAUGGGAAGGUCAGGGAGGGGUUGGUCAGUUAUGUCGAUUCCGUCCUAGGGGGUGAAGGGGUCCAGGCGGUUGGGUGGCUGUAA